AUUCAGCCCUAUAACCGUAGGUCCUUCUGUUACGACGGGCUUCCCGAGGCUCGACGAGAAUCGCAGUCGAGCUGCCAAGUCAGAGAUUCAUUUCACUUGAUGGCCUGGCUUGUAUCAAGCACCCCGUCAACAAUUUGAACACAUCCUGUUGAUAGAAAGCUUCCGAAUUCAAGGCAUCCCCUCCAUGGUCAUGACUCUGGCGCCUGGUGCCUUGGAAAGUGAGCCUGGAGACGAGGAAGCCUUCCUGAUUGACUCAGAGAAAGAGAUCGUCCUAAAACCUCGCGACGAGCCUUGGAGGGUCAUCCUCGGUUUCAUAUUAACGGCGAGUCUCGCAUUAAUAGCAGGAGUAUUGCUCGAGCAUUACCUUUUCUCAAACAAAGACUGGACAUGUACCUCGCAUGUUUCGCAGAACACGCCUCUUCUCAAUCAACAGAUCGAUCUUUCGUACCACACAAUCAGAUAUGAUGGAACUUUUAUGAAAGAGAACAUUUACCGCCAAGUCGGCAGACCUGAAGUUGAUGAGGCUUGGGAGGCUCUUGGAGUCAACUAUCGAUCCGUCGUGAUUCCUGAAGCACAAGCCGAGCAGGCUGGAUUUCGACAUGAUCAAGUUAAGAUCAACCCUAAACAUGGAGGAGGUUUUCCGGCCAACGUCGAGGGUCUUCAUCAUCUUCACUGUCUGAAUUUAUUGCGGCAAGGAUUGUGGUUCAAUUUUGAUUAUUAUCAUCAACUCGGCAAGGGAGCAUUCAAGAACGACGACGGCAUCCUGCGAUUACACGUUAGUAAGUGAAUCCUGAACAGGAGGUCCAGAGCGGGUAGAGCAGGAAGACUGACGCAGGAACAGCACAUUGUCUUGAUAUUCUCCGACAACAACUCAUGUGCAAACCUGACUUGGGGUUCUUGGGCCAAAUCUGGCACAAUCAGAGUUUCCCCUCGGCAUUUGUGGAUUUCAACACGCAACACAAGUGUCGAAACUAUGAGGCUCUGCGACAGUGGGCCGAGGUGAGACAGUUACCGGAGCAUGUCCCUCCUGAUUUCCUGCAGCCUCCCGAGAAGGGCGACAAGAUUUAUGCAGAGAUCCCGUAAGCCCUAUUGGAAGGGAGUAGGAUGAUAUAGAGAGGGUUCCGGCUCGAUAACCAAGCCAUGGGAUGUGAAAUGUAGACUCGAUAUUUCAAUCAUCAGAAAUCC